CUGACAGCUCUCGCAUUCCCCCAUGAACUUCUGAAAUUGGGCAAGCUUCGAAUCAUCCAGAUCCCGACCCCAGUUGACCCCAAACGUCACACGUCGUCACCCGCAUUAGAUCGAGGAAACUCACCGGAGUUUUGCUCCUGACCUCUCAACAACCGCCACUUGACUUGCUGCUACUGCGUACACCUCCACGCGUCAACAAACCCUUUUCCUCGGCUGCCUGAUCUUGCGAUUAUGUAUUGUUCUGACGUUCCAGCUUCUUGAGUACGCGAAUAUCCAGCCUCUGCCCAUUUGCAAUAUGGCUGGCGGUACGGGCGAGAAGUUUGCUUAUGCGACAACGGUGGUUGCUGGGGUGGGCUCGUUAGCUGCAACUAUACUAUCAAUACUGUCCAUAUGGCUUCAACUCAAAAACUACAGGAAGCCUCUGCUUCAACGAUACGUCGUACGAAUCCUCCUAAUGGUUCCUAUAUAUUCGAUAUCGUCGUGGGUCAGCAUGAUAUCUCAAACCGCAGCACAAUUCUUGGACCCCAUCCGAGACAUAUACGAGGCUUUCACCAUUUACACAUUCUUCCAGCUGCUUAUCAACUAUCUCCAAGGCGAACGAGCACUCAUAAUAAUGACCCACGGACGCGCCCCAGUCAACCAUUUGUGGCCCUUAAAUCACGUCCUACCCAAAGUCGACAUUUCAGAUCCCUACAUUUUCCUGGGUAUCAAGCGAGGCAUCCUCCAGUAUGCGUGGCUCAAACCGAUUUUGGGCCUUGCCGCAAUCAUCAUGAAGGCGACGGGCACCUAUAAAGAGGGGUUAAUCGAAGUCAGCUCUGGGUACUUUUGGAGUGGUAUCAUCUACAACAUCAGCAUGACUGUCAGUUUGUACUCGCUCGGUCUGUUUUGGGUCUGCAUGCACCAGGACCUGCUGCCCUUCCGGCCUGUGCCCAAAUUUCUGUGCAUAAAGCUUAUCAUAUUUGCGUCUUACUGGCAAGGCUUCUUUCUGUCUAUCUUGGUUUGGCUGGGAGCGAUCCCCAACAAUGUCGAACACUACAGCUCAGACAGUUUGGCAGCUGCCAUCCAGGAUGCCCUGAUUUGCUGCGAAAUGCCGAUAUUCGCUGUAGCGCACUGGUAUGCCUUCUCAUGGCAUGACUAUGCAGAUAACUCGGUUUCUGCUGCCAGGAUGCCAGUCAAAUACGCAUUGCGCGAUGCUUUCGGUUGUGUUGAUCUCAUUGAAGACUCCAAGGAGACGUUCAGCGGCAACAAAUACAGUUACCGUGUGUUCGAUUCAAAGGGAAAGGUCAUUGCGCAUGAAGACUCCAGUUCGCGAUUUGCCAGGUUGAAGGAUGGCAUGAGGUACAAGCGUGGAGGAGAGGCGAAGUAUUGGGUUCCGAAGCCCGAAGAGGUCAGGGGAGAACUGUCUGCAAACACACCACUGUUGAAUGAAAACAGGGGACCAAGUAAUUCCAGACAUCCGAAGUACAGCCACGGAUCCACCGACGAAACAAAUCUUGAUGAAGAGGAUGAGAGGCUAUUCGGCAAAGCUCGAGCUUUGGAAUUUGGGGACUGGCAUUAUCCUGUAGUUACCGCCAAUAUACCGGCGAGGGAGCGAUGGAUCGGACACGCAGCCGUAUACCAGGCCAGCUCAGGAGCGUGGAACGCAGCACGGUCCUACGACUCGUUACAUAGCGGCCGACCUAACACAAGGUCGGUGGGUAGCGCCGAGGAUGUGCUUAGUCAUAAGAAAGGCAAGGGGAAACAGCAAAGAGCAUUAUCCAAUCAACCUUCGCCCGGGACCCCAGCAAAAGCGCCGAAGCCUACGGCGCAGCAGGCCAAAUCGUCGCAGUCACGUGGACCUUUGGGUGCACCUGUGAUCGACAGUUCAGAUCCUCAGCUACUCUUGGAGGAAGCUGAAGAAGAGGAGCAGGACACUUUCCAAGUAGGAGAGCCCACACCCGACGAAGAUAGCCCCGGGGCGGAGGAGUCGAGACAAUGGGAUGACGGGGUACAGGAUGUCGGGAGAGUCAAAAUCUCGCCACUAGCGACACCUGAUGAGGAAGACUUCUCGAACCCUUGGGGAAGUGGACAUUAAUACCUUCUGCUUC